AGAGAGUAUCUCAUAAUUCAUUUAUCAUUUAAAAAAAGGGAUCUAUAAAAGCGUUGAAAUAUGAUGGCCAGAGAAGGCAAAAUUCCACAUUUUCUUACUUGGCGUGACUGGGUCACCCUUUAGCACUCUUAACCAUUAACUUGCCAUGUCGCUGAUCUACGGCUUGGUAGCCCAUGGCUUCGUCAUAUUAGCUGAACAUACAAAUAGCACAGGAAACUUUGCACAAGUUACGCAGGCCAUUCUUGAAAAGAUUCCGCCUAACAAUUCCAAAUUGACCUAUGUAUAUGACCGGUACCUUUUCCACUACAUUUGUGAAGAUGGACUGACUUACAUGUGCAUGGCGGACGAUUCUUUUGGCCGACGAACUCCGUUUGCGUUUUUGCAAGAUAUCAAGGAAAAGUUUUUAACAGCUUAUGACAGAGAUGCCGCUCUAAAUGCUCCGAUUUACGGCAUGAACGAGUUCUCGAAGGUUAUUGCCAAGCAGAUGGAGUAUUCUACAAAUCCAGGAGCGAACAAAUUGAAGCAAGUACACGGAGAAAUUGAACAAGUCAAAGAUGUGAUGGUGCAUAACAUUGAGCGCGUAUUGGAGCGUGGUGAAAGAAUUGAGCUCCUUGUAGACAAAACCGAUAACUUGAAUCAGCAAGCAUUUGCAUUCAAGAAGCGUUCAACUCAACUCAAGAGACAAAUGUGGUGGAAAAAUACCAAGCUCAUGUUCAUCAUAGUCAUUGUCUGCUUUUUGAUCGCGUACUUCCUUGCUUGUGCCAUUUGCGGUUUCCCAGCAUUCGGUCAGUGCAGAGGUUGAGGUUGAUAUGACGGGGAUUAGCAUUUCUUCUGGCGCAUGAGCUAGCGCUUUCUUCUUUUUUUGAACCCGAAAUUUUUUAUCCC